AAAAGAUUGACAGGAUUUUUUUUUACCUUUUCUAGAUAAAAAAAUUGUUAUUGAAAGAAAAUCACAAAUAGGAAAGAAAAACUAUUGCGUACGAUUGUAGUGUGUAAUUUCAUAUUUACAGUUUUAUUCGGAUAUUUAGAACAUAUGCUGCAAAAUACUAUUUGGCUCAAAUUAAUUUUGCUCGUGUUCCUGAGUGCUAGUUGGUUCCACGUAAUUUAUUUGAGUUGGAGGCUUUCUGAAUCAGUGAAUCCCACAAAAUAACAAUGCCGCUAACUGCAGACGUCGCGGCGCAGCAAGUACAGGAGCGUUUAAGGUCUUUGCACAGGCUGAUAUAUGAAAUAGAAACAGAGAGGACUCGUAAUGAACAGUGCAUUGACUCUAUAUUAAGAGCUGAGAAGUCUACAGAAUCUUCUUCUUCUGCUGAUGAUUCAUCCAGUUCUUCACAUCAGCAAAUGCAGUUAAAAAGUUUGUACAAAGCUGGCCUUACUGCAUCUGAGCAGGAAGAGAGGGUGCUUCGCGCAGCCCUGUCGAGGAUUUAUGAAAUACGAUCCAUUAAAAAUGAAAGAAGAAUUCAGGCUCGACAUGCUGGCAACAAGGAGACUAUAGGCUGUGGAGCCCUAAUGAAAAUGUUGCUCAGUGCGGCGCAAACAUUACCCCUACACGUGGGCCGAGUGGGUGAGCGUGCGCCCCCGCUUUGUGGCGCCGUACCAGCGGACGCUGGGCACAUAGCGAGGCCGGGAGACGCCGUCGCAGCCCUAGUCAGGGUCUCUGAGAAAGAGGAGAACUGGAUUUUGGCGGAGGUUGUCAGCUGGUUACCAGCUCAGGGGAAAUACGAAGUGGACGAUAUAGAUGAAGAGCAAAAGAACAGACACGUGUUGAGCAAACGACGCGUCGUGGCUCUACCGCUGAUGCGCGCGGAUCCUAGGACGGAUGAACACGCGCUGUUCCCGAAAGGCGCAGUUGUUAUGGCGUUGUACCCGCAGACUACGUGCUUCUACCGUGCGGUUGUUAACCGCUUACCCGGGUCCGCUGCCGAUCCGUAUGAAGUACUAUUUGAGGACUCAUCGUACGCAGAUGGGUACUCCCCAGCGGAACGCGUGGCGCAGCGAUACGUCAUCGCGAUAAAGGAGGGCAAGGGGCGUGGCACCUGACACUCGCGUUCGGCUCCGCCAUCAGCGCGAUCUUCGCCGCUGUCCACAGAUUCGCUGCACUGAACUGUCUGCUAGUUUGCAAUAAACAUAGUUUUAACAAGAAACCAAGCAAUUUUGUUGGACUUUAAAAUUAGAAUAGGAUUUAUGAUUAGUGAAAGAACUGUAAAUAUUAAGGGAUAUAAGAACCUAUUAUGCUAGACCGUGGCGGGAACGAGCCGCGUACGAGAUACGGCGAGACACGCAUCCUAAACGUGUCGAACAUCUUUUAUGAAGCUUAUAAUUUUGCUACCUGUGGUACGUAAACACAUAAGCUAACUCACACAGACGCACGCAUCGACUGUGAUUUAUUCGGAGGUACCGUUUUGAGACAAUCAAUCGCUGGCGUUUCUCUAGUGCCAAGAACAGUCUACGAUCUUUUUAAAAGCCAGUUGAUUUUUGUGUAGUAAACGGCUGAUCGAAUUCGUCUUUUUCCAAACCGAAUUUCAUUUAACACUGAGAAAAAUUAUAAAAUAUUAGAAUUUUUCUAUUCUUGUCUCACACUUCUAUUGAAGUUAUGGAGGGUAUAUCUGUUUGGCCGUCAAUUUCAAAAUUCACAUUGAUAAAUUUUUGGUGUUUGAAAAUUUUCAACUUUACGUAUUGUCUGUUAUUAAUGUUCUUUGUAACACUAUAAAAUGUUCGUGGAGCUUUAGAUCCGUGGUCUCGUUCGUAACUCGUACGAGGCGUUCGUAUCUAGACGUAAGCAUGUGCGCUGGGAUCUUUAGAUUUCCGGAUCCCUCAUUGUCUAAGUAAGUUUAUGUCUAUGUACUUUACUCGUCGUAUUUUAUUAGUUGUGUCCCUACAGCACUGCACAUCAGUUCGUUCAGGUGUCAUGUUUUGUUCGUUUGGACUACCAACUUGUCCUACUUUGUUAAUUAUAUUAUUUAUAAAUAUAAAAAAAAUCAAAUCACGAUUUACAUUUGGUUAAUGUCCGAUUUUCAUAAUAAUUAUACAACUGCGGCUGCAGAACUGGUUGGACAGAAUAUCUGGCCACCGACCCUCGAAUAGACUGAUCGUCAUCGUGUGCUGUAGCGACAGAACAAAAUGACUGGAUACAUGUACCCAAAAUCAAAAUGUAAAUAAACUCAUGUUUUUUCAAACCAUUAGUAUUAACAAGUACUCGCGCGCCGUUCCAUUGGUUUGUUGUCAGUGUAGUGUGAAUUUAAAUAAUUAAAUAUAUUAUAUGGGCAUGUCAGUUUAAUAUUUUUAUGACUCACGGGUGACAUAGCAUAGAAAAAUAAUAGGUUAUAGGUUAUACGCGGUCGAUUGAACUUCCCACGAUUUCGUUUCAAAAUGGACCGUCAAUACUAGGGACAUCGACGGCAGAGUUAAUGUGACCGUGUUUUAAUAAUAAUAAAGUUUUUAUUCGGAAAACCUAAUUAGGAAAAUUACUAUAGAGAUAAUUUAAACUAAUCUACAAUAAAUACAGGGGUAUGUAUAAAUACCAGAAUGCGCUCGGCCUCUAGUUUUUUUACAUUAAAAAGAUCAACUUUUGUUCUGCAACUGUUUAACUCUAAAGUUUGUGAAAUAUUAAAUAUUCAAUAUUUUACAUAGGUACUCUACUUGUUACUACUCUGUAGUGUCACAUCGGCAACAGUGCUCGAACCACGACUCUUAAGCGAAAAGUGUGUGCGCGUAACAUUUACGCCCGAUUGAAGUGAAACUUUUAUUAUUAUUUAUUGAUGAAAGAGUAAAAUGUUCCUGGGACUCCGCCAUUUCAUUUUACGUUCUACUUAAAAUUCAUUCAUAUCACUUUCAAAUUUUAUAAAUAUUUUCAUUUGAUAAUUUAGAAUAAUUGAGAGUAGAAAAUUGAAGGUUAUAUUGGCAUGUGCUGAUCUAACCAGCACAUAUACUUACAUAUACAAACGACCGAUCCAAAUUAUUAUUUUUAAAUAGCGAAAACUACACAGACGUCUGUCAUUACUUCCGUGAGAAAAGAGAUCCGGUUACUUACUCCCUAGUCGUAAUACAUUUUGAAAAGUCUUAUAGCAAAAGUUGUUAGUUACAAUGAAACUACAAGGUCGAGCGCUUUCUGGUAUUUUUAUUUAACCCUGUAUAAUAAUAAAAUAUUUGUACAUGCGUAAAUAAAAGAUUUGUAAGUUUUCAUAAAACAGUAUUUUUUCUGCUAAUAAAGCAUUUCUUCUCAAAUUA